CGAACUUCAGCCAAUCAGAGCCCGUUUUUCAGUGACGAGCGACCGUGUUUCUGUCACAUCUGACGGUCGAGACCGAGAACCUACGAAGAAUUUGGACGGGGUGGCAUAUCGGAGCCUUGUCAGGGCCCCAGAGUGUCUUGGUCCAGCCCUGUGUGAGUGUGCACUCCUUCUUGAACUGACAGGCCCACUCCAUCGCUGACUUUCACCCUUCCGCCCUGCUCGCUGCUGCUCGAGGCUGCAGCCGGGGCUCGGCUCCCGGGACGAGGCCGAAUGUCUGGACGUCAGACUGACGGGCCUGUAGAGAGGCUGAUCGCCGUCCAAAGAGUUCACCAGAGCGUACAAAAGGACCCGCACACCGAACAGGCUGCCAGAGGAAACAGAGCUGGGAGGCAGGCGAUAUCCGUAGCUUCCACUUCACCGGUCUUUUUGGGGUCCUUGACGUGGCAUGAAUAAACAAAGAUGGCGGCGGCGUUUCGACCCUCACAGAGUUUGUUUGAACAUUUUUUGUUCUAAAAUGAUUAUUAUCCUCGGUUUAUAGCCGGAACAUUUCCUAUAUGCAGCAUUUUUCUGCUUUGCUUUUAGUAUUUUGGGUGUGAGGUUUAAAAAUGAGCGGCUGGGCUGGUUUUUCUGACGAGGAGCUACGCAGGAUGCUGCAGAAAGACUCAGCAGGGCAGGCAGUGGCAGCCCGCGGUAGGAAGCCGGCUCCAUCCAACCGGAGUCGGCAGCAGUUACAGCGGGAGAGGGCCCUUCAGCUCGCCGCACAGAAAAAUGCAGAAACCGGGUCCCAUAGCCUUCCACCGGAGCAGCAGCUCACCAAGCCGCCGCCGAAGGAAGAGCCUCGGCCCGCGGCUCCAACAGGAGCUCCGGCCGUCAGACUGGAAGCGCUGCCGAAGCCCAGCGAGGUGAAGCCGAGUGAAAACCAGCAGCCGCCUGCAGAGGAGCAGAUCCCGACUGUCAAAGAGCUGGAGAAACAAGAGGUGGAACUACGAGAAAAGACGCGUCUGGAGCAGCUGCAGCAAGAACAAAAAGUAAUCGAAGAGAGGAAUAAGCGCAAGAAAGCUCUGCUGGCAAAAACUAUCGCUGAGAAGUCCAAACAGACUCAGGCGGAGGCUGUGAAGCUGAAGAGAAUCCAGAAGGAGCUCCAGGCCCUCGAUGACAUGGUGUCCAACGAUAUCGGCAUCUUGAGAGGAAAGAUAGAACAAGCCAGCUGGGACUACACCGCUGCCAGGAAGCGAUAUGAAAAGGCAGAGGCUGAGUAUGUAACAGCCAAGCUGGACCUGCACAAGAAGACGGAGGUGAAGGAGCAGCUGACGGAGCACCUCUGCGCCAUCAUCCAGCAGAACGAGCUGCGUAAAGCCCACAAACUGGAGGAGCUGAUGCAGCAGCUGCAGCUGCAGGCCACCGAGGAGGAACUGGAGAGGCAGAAAGAGGAGGAGGAGGCGGAGGAGAAGAGGAGGAGAAGCUGUGCAGAGAUGCAGAAAGAGGGUAAAGAGGGAAACAGUUCAGUGCAGAGUCAGGAGGGAACAGUGCAAUCAAGCAAAGUAAAACCCACAGAGGGAGAGACUGUGAAGGAGGAGAGGGGAGGUGACGUCCAGCAGGAGCAGAAACCAGUGACCGAACCAGUGAAGACUGAACACGACUGUAAAACACUAGAGAACGGAGUUGAGAGCCAGACUGUGUCCUGAUGCUCAGAGAGGAGAGACAGUCAGCAUGUUCUCUAACAUAUCUGCACAUCAUCACACUUUCUCCACUGGACGGAUCAAUAUCAAACACUAACAUGUUUUCCAGUAACUCUGUCAGCUGUCAGGCGUGCCGUAUGUUCAGGGCCGGGUAUCACAUCAUCAGAGUUUUUGGUUCUGACUCAAGUAAACACAUCCAACACUCUUUUCUAAGAACAGGACUUUGACACCAGAGACUGGAGUCCAGCAUAUCAGCUUCAGUUAGGUUUAGGCAACAGAAACACUGGUUGAAUAUUCAAAGUGUUGAAACGUCUUGUGUUGCUGGUACAUUUUAUGAUAUCAAACCAAGAUGAGCAGGUUCUCUAAUCCUAACUGAGGGCUUUAAGGUGCCUGAACCAUGAAAUAACAUGAACUAUGCUUUAGCUCCUGAUUGUAGGAAAACGAAUGAGUUGUCAUUAUCGUCGUCAUCAGAUGAUUCUGAGUCACAUUCACUGCGGACGCUUUUCACAUGCUGUGUCAGUGUUUGAGAAAAACUCGCUUUCCACCAUGACUGUGCAUGAUAACUACAGUGUGAUUAAGAUUAUGGAAAGAUUGUGGUUAUGGUAAAUUAAUUAUGAUUAAGGUCGGGUUAGGGUUUAGGCCACUAAGGCACUUUAAGAUGAGAGAAAGACUGUUGUGGCUCUGGUUAAUAGAAAGGCUGAACAUAAAUCAUGAGGUAUGAAUCUGUCCAGUGCGGCUGCAGUUCCUGUAUAUAAACAGAAUUCUUCAGAGACGGGCUCGGUCCUUAGAGCCAGUGUGGCUAUUUUCAGAAUCCUGUUGACUUCCUCUUUGAUUGUUUCCUGAUUUAAAUCACAACUCUGCCUAUUUUAGAUUUAUUGUGUUUUAUUCAAAGUUCAUGUGACGCUAACAUUUGAGAUCUUUGAUUUCUUUUGUCACAUAAAAAAGGACUUUGUGGAAAGUUCAGGUAUCAAACAGAAAGUAUUGUUUUGGUAUCAGGAGUGCAGUAUCAGCGCUACAUGAUACCCAGCCCUCAGUACGUCUGGACCGGCAGGACCAGUCAGAGUCAUGUUCAGCUGCAGAACAAAUCAGAGGAAUAUCUUGCAGCCAUUAUCCUCAAUCGCUCGCUUUUUAUACGUGUGCUUCCAACAAGAGCUCUUCUUCCAAACAUGUGGUUUUACAUCACAUGUGAAUUAUCUCUCUGAGCAAAGGUUGAAUUCAGAGGAUGACUGUUUCUGAUUGUUGUCUCUUUGUGGCCAGAAUGAACGAUGGGUCCUGUUUACUUCCUGGAAGAGAGUCUGUGUUUUCAUGCGGACGCAGCCGAGCAUUAAUCCAUUUCUGUUCUAAACACGAACCCUCCUGUCUGAUGUGUCGUAGAUGAACACGUUAGCCGGCGCUGGGCUCGCGUUUCACAAAGCUAAUUCUUGGUGUUGUCGGUGCAGCUGAGGAGCAGCGGGCCUCCUGGAUGGUAAGAUGAUAUCUGUUAAUGUAUGUACGGAUGCUCUCAGCUGCAUGUGUUUCUGCUCACUUCCACUUUACUCUCUCUGCCUGCACCUGGACCAGUGUCUGAAAUAAUAUAUGACAAUACUCUAAUGUUAAACUCUAUAUCCACGGUGUGUGUCUGGUUUAUUAGUCUGAAUGUUGUGAAGCUUAGAAAAGGUUAUUUAAACUGGGGAAAUAUUUAAAAGGUGAUAUUUCAGUAUACAGGAUUGUAUGAUAUUUUACUAAAAUAAACUCAAAAAGAGCAAAUGUU